GGAGGACUAAAGAACCGGAGCGCGACCAGCUCGAAUAUAAUUAAUGCUGUAUAAAUAACAGCAGAGGCGGUGACAAGCUCGCAGUUCACGACGUCUUGCUCACUGGUAUACAUCGUCAAAAUGAAAAUAAUACUGGUGGUAUCCUGCCUGAUAGCCGCUACGGUCGCUAAUCAGCCCAGUAUAUUAUCCUAUGAUAUAUUGGAAGGGACCUCGCAAAAAAACUAUGACUUCGAAUACUCGGUGAAUGAUCCAUCGACCGGUGAUAACAAAGCGCAGUGGGAGGUUCGCGAAGGUGAUGUAGUUAGAGGAGCAUACUCCUUGGUAGAGCCUGGUGGCAGCAUUAGGAUUGUUGAGUACACUGCUGAUCCUAUCCGCGGCUUCAAUUCAAAGAUGAGGAGAAUAGGACCGAAAUCACAUCCGCCUACUGUAAGGGUUGCUGCCGCUCCAGUAGUAGUCGCAGAGGUAGAGGAAGAACCUCAAGUGGCGCCAAUAGCAAUUGAAAAGCAGGAAGUCAUCGAACCCGUGGUCCCCGUCAAAUCUUAUUCACCCAUCUACGACUCAAUUGCCCUACCAAGGCCUAUUUACGAACCAAUUCUAGACUACGGCCCCAUGAUUUCCCCCAUUGAACCAGAGCCAGCAUAUUUGAAAUACCUCAACUCUUUUUCGAAUCCAGGAGUAACAAUAAGCGGUAAAAGUUACGGCCACAAAGGAAAUAUUGCCCGCAGGUGGGCGAUUGGUCCCAUCAAUCAUGGGGAAAAAGUGACCAUCAAAACAAGGAACUAAAUUAUGAUAAGCCUUAUUAUAUGUAAGUCACAAUAUGUAACUUCUGUGUAUAGGUAACUAUUAGGUUACUCACGGCUGUUGUGUUUUUUGCAUAAAAUAGUUGUAAGAAUACACAUAAGUCUGUAGAAGUUAAGCUGACUGUAUGUAUAUCCAGAGCAAUGAUCUGUACCUGAACUCUUAUGCUUGACGAUAAAUAUUUUUUUAAAGUAAAAGAA